UCACCUUUUUUAGGCCACCACACCAUCUUAAAAAGUUAAAAGCCUCUCCUCCGCCAAAGCACACUCUCGUUGUAACAAAAAAUUUCAAGAAAAUGAAUCCUCACAACAACUACUUAAAGUUAACAUUUUUACUUAUUUUUCUAACCACCUGCAGAUUUUCUAUAGCAAAACAAACAAACCCCAAAUCAGAUAUCCCCAAGUUGGAUCAAUUCUUGAAUGCAAUCUAUGCAUGGAGGACUAAUCAACAGCAAAAACAAGCAGAUGAAGGUCUAAAAUUUGGAGUCCCCACUGUAAUAGCAGGGGUACUAUGUUUUUUAGCAGCCUCUAUAUCAAGUGCUGGUGGGAUUGGUGGUGGUGGCUUAUAUGUACCUAUUCUCACAAUAAUUAUUGGAGUAGACCUCAAAACAGCUUCAAGUUUUUCUGCAUUUAUGGUCACAGGUGGCUCUAUUGCUAAUGUUGUUUGUAGCAUGUUUAUUAGAAGUCCCAAAAAUGGGGGAAAGAUUCUGAUUGAUUUUGAUAUAGCAUUGCUCUCUGAGCCAUGCAUGUUGUUGGGUGUCAGUAUUGGAGUUAUAUGCAAUAGGGUACUCCCAGAAUGGCUUAUUACUAUACUUUUUGCUGUGUUUCUUGGGUUUUGCACUUUCAAGACAUGUAAAUCAGGGUUCUUCUAUUGGAAAAUGGAAUCAGAAUUGGAAAAUGGGCUGUUGAAAAAUGAAAGUUGUGAUGAAACUGAGCCUUUGUUGAAGAAGGAAGCAAAGGGAGGAAGCAGCAGUAUUCCAUGGAUGAAAAUGGGGAUGUUGGUGAUGUUCUGGUUUUCCUUCUUUUUACUCUACCUUCUUCGUGGAAAUCGAUAUGGACAAGGCAUCAUUCCUAUGGAGGCGUGUGGAGUGGGAUACUGGAUCAUUUCGUCAGUUCAGUUUCCUAUGGCUAUAAUCUUUACAUCAUGGAUCUUGUAUAAUAGAGAAAGUGAGCAGAACAUGCUUUCCAAGAAACAGGAAGGAACUGGUGAAACUAAACAUGGACCUUCAGGGAAGCUCAUCUUCCCGAUAAUGGCACUACUUGCAGGGGUUCUCGGAGGCGUUUUUGGAAUUGGUGGUGGAAUGCUAAUUAGUCCCCUUCUAAUCCAAGUUGGAAUAACUCCUGAAGUGACAGCAGCAACUUGUUCAUUCAUGGUAUUUUUCUCUUCUACCAUGUCAGCUGUGCAAUACUUAUUUCUAGGGAUGGAGCACGUGAACGAUGCCCUCAUCUUUGCAGUCGUAUGUUUUGUUGCUUCAAUUAUUGGAUUAGUAGUGGUUCAGAGAGCCAUAGAACAUCAUGGGAGAGCAUCCCUCAUUGUCUUUUCUGUUGGCACAGUUAUGGCUUUAAGCACUGUUCUCAUGACUAGUUUUGGAGCUGUUGAUAUCUGGAAGGAUUACACUAGUGGGAAUUACAUGGGGUUCAAGCAGCCUUGUUGAGAAAAGAAAAAGAGGAAAUCUAAAGAGAUGGUCCAGUUCAAGGCAUGGUCCAAGUUUUGCAUUUUUAUGCUCUAUAAAGAAUUAGAUGCUUCUUGGGAAGCUUUUGUUAAGAGAAUCAUAUUAUCUAGAGAUCUGGACUGGGCUAUGAAAUGUUUGUAACCUGGAUUGUGAGUUUAAGCCAUGAUUAUUACAUAUACUUGUGCAUUUCCGAUUGUUAAGUUUAAGCAUUAAUUAUUAAAUAACAGUAGCUUGUACGA